AAAUGCACCUAGAAGAUAACGUGCAACGUGGAAUAUCGUAUGGAGGUAGCUUCGCGUUAUAUAAUUCGCGCACAGAGACACUGACUAUUCAAAGAGUGAGGUAAAAGGACCGCUAACCAGUGCAUCCUGACUAUUCUUGAACACCGAACAACCCCACAAUGGCCAUUUCCGUUGUUAACGUAGUGCUCCUGUUUUCAUUCAUGACGGUCCUCUCAGGGCUGCCACUUACUGCAAACGACAAUGUCAAAUCGUCGAGCGACGUGCAACUGUCGUUAAACGAGAUGGGAGACCUUGCAACACUCAUGUUUGCUCUUAAUCUGGAAUAUCUAACAUCUAGUUUCUAUGCGUCGGCGAGAACAACGCCUCUAGACAAAAUUACCGAGGAUGUGGAAAAUAAGGGCCAGGUGGCGCCAUUGAUGGCGCUGACGCCGCCACUCGUGGCGCCAUUCAUGGCGCCAUUGAUGGCGCCGGAGAACAUAAUAGAGGUAGAAGCAACGGCGUCCGUCGGCGGCGAUGACGCCUAAGUUCACGUUUCUUCUUUGUUACAAUCUUCUGUAUCUGCUAGCAGUUGGAGAAAAUGAGUGGAAGAAAUGUGCGUAUCCACGUGAACAUGUCGCCAUUACAAUUAUUACUCGCGAUUUUUUAUCACAGGUACUUAACACUUAACACUUUGUCACGUAUACGUGAUUUUGCAAACCCAUCAGUUACCGCUGUCACGCUCAUGUGAUUAAAAAAAAUUAAAAAAAAUUAAAUUUAAAUUAUAAAAAUGGAUUCAGCGCAGUUUUUUCAUAAAAUAUUAAAAAAAAUUAAGCAAAAAUGUCGGCGUUAGAGUAGGACUUACGCGAGAUACACCGGCGUCAAGUGACAGUCAACAAACAAAAUGUGCGGCUAUCAAAAUGUUAAGCAUCCUGUUAUUUUGAAUAAUAUCUAGUGUCUACAAUUUUGGGUGUGGAUAAUUAUGAGCAAUCGUUUCUUACAUUAACUGUUUUAAUGAUGAAAAAUAUGUUGUAUAACUUUUAUACCUAAUUUUUAUCGACUAAUUACGAUAAUGCUGGGAUUUAAAUAGCAACUGAAGGAUUAUACUAAAGCUAAUCGGCUAUUUGCUUAAUUUGCAUAUUAUCAAGACGUAGUAACGACAGUACUUAAUUAUUGAUAGAUUCGGGGGAGUAAUACAUAUUCUUCCAUAAAUUUGAUUUCCCAGAAGAUUGUUGCGCUUACAAACAUCUUUACGGUCGCAGAACGUACAAUAAAUAAUGGUUUGAAAUGAUUGUUUCAAUAAAUAAAAAUACGAAUUAAGGGUUAUCAAUAAAAUAAAUGGAUAAUGCAUAAAGUUUUCUCGAUGUAGCCGUUUAUUAAUAGAUUUUAAUAAUGCCUUAAAAAACGGAGAGACGUUACCACCACUGUAAUUAUAUAUUCCUGUUCUCUCAUUCUCCGAAAAAAGCACCGAGAAGACAAAAAAAUAAUUAAUUAACGGUGCUAUCAAUUCCUAGAUUGAUUUUCAUAGUGCCAUCCUACCGUUAAUAUUAACUAUUUCGCUGCGAUUAACGUGUUUAUAUUUAUUACUCGCGAUAUGGUGGAUAUCACUGUAAAGAUGUUUUCUUUCUUUUUUUGUGUGUGCGAACAUGCAGUUUGGAAAUUGCACACGAAAAAAUUAUCGGUCAAGUCGAAUACUCGUUUUUUCCCACUUUAAGAUAGUUGCAUCUCCGGUCAGGGACGAAUAUAGUCGAAUACAUUUUUUUACAUUUGCGCCGUUCAAUGUAAUUUUAAUGAGACCGCAAUAAAGAAC